UGUCCGAAUGACAGGCGCCGUCAAAGGCCACGUGGCGGGGGUGUCUAGAGGUUCAGAUUUUCUGUUUUUCUAUUAUUUUUAAUAAGGCACCUGUCAGUCGGUCCCCAUAAUGACAACACGGUAUAUAAACGCAGUGAUUUUUACAUUUUUCAGUCAUUUACUUCGGGUGGUCUCUUCAAGUAUUCCAGCUAGAAAAGUUGUAUGGGUCGAACUUUACCUAUACCAGUGGUUUGUAGAGUAUGUGGAGACAAAUCUUACGGGAAACAUUAUGGUGUCUAUUGUUGCGACGGAUGUUCUUGCUUCUUCAAGAGAAGUAUCAGGAGGAACAUUAUUUACACAUGCAUUUCUGGUGAAGGUAGAUGUAUCAUAGACAAAUCCAGGAGGAACUGGUGCCCAUACUGCCGCUUACAGAAAUGUUUUUCUGUGAAUAUGAAUGUCAAUGCUGUCCAAGAGGAACGUGGACCACGAAAACCAAGGGUCGGUAGAGUAUUCGACCAGAAAAUCUCGGAAGUAUCGAAUCUGGAUCAUUUUUUUCACAUAGAUGAUCAGCUGCAACCCAUUCACGAAACAGCAUCACAAAUUUUCCUGGUGACUAUUAAACAGCUCAGAAAUAACAGCCUCUUUGGCCUUCUUAACAGAAUGUCACAAAACACCAUUUUAAGUUACCUUUGGGCUCCUCUGUUCAUCUUGAAAUUUUCAUAUUUGUCUUCGGAUUCUAAACGCGAAUUUCCUAACUUGAGCAAGAUCAUCGGACGCUUGCGAGAUUUGAACUUGGAUGCUGUGGAUGUUGAGCUCAUCGGGAUAAUUCUCUUGUGUAGGUCUGACCUACUGGAAGAUCCGCAACAGGUUUAUAUUGUGGAGUGUAUACUUCAAAGAAGUAUCGAUAGUUUGGCUAUAAAGUAUUCUAAUAAUAUUCGUAGAUUCGCCGAGAUACUACUUAGUAUUCCUGUCUUGUUAUCAUCUAAGACUUCUGUUUUACAUUCUACUCUAUUUCGUCCUAUAAUUGGAAAUGUACCAAUGGAAAGGGUCAUUGCAACAAUUUGAGUUUUUUAUUGAUAUGGCAACUAUAGGUACAGAUUUCUGAAAUUCUGUAAAUAAAUGCUGGAACGAUUAUUUUAUUGAGUUGCUUCGGAUUUGAUGAGCUGUAGUAUGUUGAUAAAAGUUUAGACUGAUACAAUUUUUAUA